AUGGGUGUAGAAUACAUUAUAGUGGGCAUAGCUCACAGGGGUCGUCUUAAUACCUUAGCGAAUAUUUGCCAAUCACCAUUGUAUCGUAUUUUUAUGCAGUUUAUGGAAUUUGAUAUUAAAGAAAAAAGUUCCGGUGAUGUAAAAUAUCAUUUGGGUAUAAGUUCAAUGGCAACCAAUUCUUCUGGAAAAAAAUAUAAAAUAUCGAUGGUAGCAAAUCCAUCCCACUUGGAACUUGUAAACACAGUGGUGUUGGGCAAAACAAAGGCGGAACAGUUUUACAAGGGUGAUGAGUUGGGCAAAAAGGUAAAGUAAUGGCAAUUUUAAUACAUGGCGAUGCAGCUUUUGCUGGAGAGGGAAUGGUUCAAGAAUCAUUAAAUAUAAGUAAUUUAAAAUACUACAACCCUCAGGGCGUUAUCCAUGUUGUUAUUAAUAAUCAAGUAGGAUUUACAACUAACCCGAAUAGGUCAAGGUCAUCCUUAUAUGCCUCUGAUAUUUCAAAAAUUCUCAACAUGCCAAUAUUUCAUGUAAAUGGUGAUUGUCCCGAAGAAGCAUCUUACAUUGGUAAGGUAUGCGCCGAAUACAGACAAACUUUUCAAGAUAACUGUAUCAUUGACGUAAUCGGUUACCGAAAAAACGGUCACAAUGAAGCGGACGAACCGAAAUUCACCCAACCUCAUAUGUACGAUGUUAUAAGAGCUCAUCCGCCUGUUUUUGUUAAGUAUAGUAAAGAACUUGUGGAGAAAAAAGUCCUUACUGAAGAUGAUGUUAACAAGUUAGUCGAAAAGAACGAUAGUCUUUAUGAAUCUGAAUAUAAAAAAGCACAGGAACAAAAAGAAAUUAGUUUGAAUGAUUGGAAUGAUAGUCCAUGGGAAGACUGGAAAGUACCUAAUACUUUAACGAUGUCUUCAACCGGAAUAACAGAAGAUGUAGCAAAACAUAUAGCAACAUGUUUUUAUACUGUUCCUUCCGGUUUUGAAGUUCACGGUGCUAUCCAAAGAAUCCUGAAAACACGGGAAGAUCUGACGAAAAAAAGGUUAAUGGAUUGGGCUAUAGGAGAAGCUUUUGCCAUCGGUUCGCUCCUUAAAGAAGGAAUUCACUGCAGACUCUCGGGCGAAGAUGUUGAAAGGGGGACAUUUUCACAUAGGCACCAUGUCCUGCACGAUCAAAAAUUAAGAAAAAAUGUUCAUAUAUCAUUAAAAAGUUUGUACCCCACACAAGCUGAAUAUACAGUAACUAAUAGUUGUCUGUGUGAAUUGGGGUUGUUAGGUUUUGAACUUGGAUAUUCUUUACCUAAUCCAAAUGCUUUAGUAAUAUGGGAAGCCCAAUUUGGAGAUUUUGCGAAUAUGGCUCAACCUAUUGUUGACACGUUUAUAUCUUCUGGAGAAACUAAGUGGGUUAGACAAUCUGGAUUGGUAAUACUUUUGCCUCAUGGCAUGGAAGGACAAGGACCGGAACAUUCAAGUGGCAGAAUAGAACGAUAUCUUGAGCUGUGUUCGGAGGAUGAAGAUUUUUGUCCACCGGAUGAUGCAAAUUUUGCGUUCAAACAACUAAAUGAAAUAAACUGGAUUGUAGCCAACUGUACAACUCCAGCAAAUAUAUUUCAUAUUUUAAGAAGACAAAUUGCAAUGCCUUUUAGGAAACCACUUGUUGUCUUUACUCCCAAAAGUUUAUUGAGAAAUCCUUUGGCUCGCAGUUCUUUCGACGAUAUCUUAGUUGGUACGGAAUUUCAAAGAAUAAUUCCUGACAGAGGACCAGCAUCACAAAAACCUGAGGAUGUAAAAAAAUUAAUAUUUUGCUCGGGAAAAGUAUACUACGAAAUAGUUCAACUUCUCGAAGAAAAGAAGCUACAAGAUCAAAUAGCAGUUACCAGGAUCGAACAAUACUGCCCAUUUCCCUUCGAUUUGGUUAAAGCUGAAUUUAAUAAGUAUCCAAAAGCAAAUAUAUUUUACGCACAAGAAGAACACAAGAAUCAAGGAGCGUAUCAUUACGUCCGUCCUCGAAUUAGUACCUCUAUUGGAGGGGCCAGGCCAGUUCAAUACAUCGGGCGAGACGUUUCAGCUGCCCCUUCAAAUGGAAACAAAGUUAUACAAAAAAGAGAACUAAAAAAAUUGCAAGCUGAUCUUAUUGCUUUAUAA